GAGAAAAAGGAGGUGAUAGCCUAGUAGAUGGAAGCAGGAAGGACGUUGCCAGCUCCUACGGAGGGAGUUUAGUAUCCGAGCCCCUCCUUACCCUAAAUUCAACGUGAGUGGGCCCAACGCACCCGCGUCCCGUCCUAGCCCCGUGCACGAAAGCCCCAGUGCCCGGCACCCUAGCCGCCUCGAGACCGCCGACGACGUGACACCUGCUGACAGAUCCUCCUCCCCUCCUAACUUUGCUCUCCGGGCACAGAAAGAUUGGUUCUCUCCACUCAACAUUCUUCCGAGGGAUCUCCUUUAAAGAGAAACUUUGGAGCCACUCAGUACACAUGCAUGUUGCUUAGAUAUUUGUUAGAGCCCAAAGCUGGCAAAGAGAAGGUGGUAAUGAAGCUCAAGAAACUGGAGUCCAGUGUGAGCACUGGUCGUAAAUGGUUCAGACUAGGCAAUGUGGUACAUGCUAUACAGGCAACUGAGCAGAGCAUUCAUGCCACUGACCUGGUACCUCGCUUAUGCUUAACAUUAGCCAACCUGAACCGUGUGAUUUAUUUCAUCUGUGACACCAUCCUCUGGGUGAGGAGCGUAGGUCUCACCUCUGGCAUCAACAAAGAGAAAUGGCGAACGAGGGCUGCUCACCACUACUACUAUUCUCUUCUGCUGAGCCUGGUCAGGGAUCUGUAUGAAAUCUCCCUGCAGAUGAAACGAGUUACAUGUGACAGGGCAAAGAAAGAAAAAUCGGCAUCCCAGGAUCCUCUUUGGUUCAGCGUGGCUGAGGAGGAAACAGAAUGGCUCCAAUCCUUUCUACUUAUCUUAUUCCGAUCUCUGAAGCAGCAUCCUCCCUUGCUCCUGGACACAGUGAAGAACCUUUGUGAUAUCCUGAACCCUUUGGACCAGCUGGGGAUCUAUAAAUCCAAUCCUGGCAUCAUUGGACUUGGAGGUCUUGUGUCCUCUAUAGCAGGCAUGAUCACUGUGGCAUAUCCUCAGAUGAAGCUGAAGACCCGUUAGGGUGUUUUUAGGCUUGGAACUAGUACCUACUUUAAAAGAUGGCCUCUUAGUGGGAUAGACAUUUGUAUAAGUCACAGGCCGUGUCAUACUGUGCUUAAGUUCUUGUUCAUGUGAGCAUUUAACAACCUAUGACGUGGGCAGAGAUGAGGCCAAGAACGGAGAAGGGAGGAGCAUGAAGAGUUGUAUGUUUUUGGAGUGCUGGAGUGACUUGUGAAUUUCUGAAUGUUUUCCCUUCAUCUAACAUUGAUUGAACAUCUCUUAUGUGCAUAGUGGGAGCUUAGUAUUUGCUAAAUGAAUAAAAAUUGAAAGGAAAAAAUUUAAAAAGACCCAAUCACACUGAUCAUUGAACACUAGUAUACAAUAACUUUAGGGUUAUGUGGAUCAUUGGUUUCACAUGAUUACAGUAGGUCUGGUGCAUGGCACUCUCAGAUCUAGUAGAGGCUCUGAUGUCAGUAGCAGGAUGGAGGAGAGCUGGGCUUACAGCCUCUCAACUUGUUGGCCCUUAUACCAUCACUGCACUCAUAUCCUUGCUCUGUGCAGAAGUAGAAUCAGAAAAGCAUCAGGCACCUUCAUGGUAUAAAUUGUGUCUAUGGGUGCAGUGAAUAAGCAAAAAUCAGAAGCAGACCGGAGGGACUUAUAAAAAUAGGUACAGGGUCACAAUGGGUGCCUAUAUGUAGCCUGUGACAGAUAAGAAGCUGACAGUGAGACAAACAAAAAACUGAGGCUAGAGCCUCAUUCCUCUGACUCCUAAUCAAGUGUUCUCUCCAUGCUCUCCCACUGUCUUCAGAAUUGAGUAGAAAUGUGAUCCCCUCCUGAAUCCUGUUUUUUGCCUCUUACUCUCCCAUAAUUUGGAAACUUCCUUGUCCAGUGGUUUAUAUUCUUUUCUAGAAAAACUAAAACGGGGUGGAGUGUGGUGGCUCACACCUAUAAUCCCAGCACUUUGGGAGACUGAAGCGGAAGGAUUGCUUGAGGCCAGGAGUUCAAGACCAGCCUGGGCAAUGUAGUGAGACCCCAUCUCUACAACAAAGUGUUAAAAAAUUAGCCAGGCAUGGUGGCGUAUGCCUGUAGUCCCAGAUACUCUGGAGGCUGAAGCAGGAGGAUCACUUGAGCCCAGGAGUUCAAGGCUGCAGUGAGCUUCCACCGCACUCCAGCCCGGGUGAUAGAGCAAGACCCUGUGUCUUAAAAAAAAAUUAAAACCAUAUUUAGACUUAUCAGUUAGAUUGUUUUAUUUAAAUCCUUCUAACAAUUUAGGCAAUUCUACAUUAAUUUUCAUCAAAAUUUAUCCAGUCAAAAAAAUUUCAUGAAUACUCCAGAUGUAAGAGAGUCACAAUUUUCUACGAUAAAUCAGACGUCUUAUUUGUAGGGUGAUUGAGGGAGGUGGAAAGCACAGGAGGAAGCCAGUGAAGAGGACGAUGGAAUGCUGAAUCAAUGACAUUGACUUGUGUUCCUAUCUGCCAUCUUGGGUGUGGGUCUUUAUAUGUGGUUACAGAUCCUUUAGUUUGAGGGAGGUGAGGUAGAGAAAUAGGAUGCCAGCAGGUAGGAGGCCGAUGUCAGUCCUCCCAGCAAAGCUGUGUCAUUUAUCUGAAUGGAAAUGAGAAAAUAAAUAUGUAUUCAAUAAGUCACAUUUCCCAGAAAUGUGAUUGAGAUUCUCAAAAAAUAGACUCAGAUUCUUGGCUGUCUGUUUAACCAAUCACGAUAUGGGAUUUGAGAAAUAAAGUUUAGGGAAUUUUAAGAGACAUGAAAGCUACUAGGUCAGGGCAAAUAAAAAGCUUAAAUAACUAUUUUUAUUGUCCAGAUCCUGUACUGUAAUAGAUUAACUAUGUUCAAUAAAUUUCUAGACAAAA